GCAGGGAAGUGAGUUUGUGCGCGCGAGGGUGUGCGUGUGCGCGCGCGUGUGUGCAGGGCGGGCGGCGGGGGGCGGGCUCGCGCUCCCCUCCGCCCGGCCCGCUCCUCCCGCGCGCUCGCCGAGUCCGGGCCCAGCCGCGGGCGGCGCGCGGCGGGCGGGCAGCAUGCUGAGCCUCCUCGUCUGGAUCCUCACUCUCUCCGACACUUUCUCCCAAGUGCCCAAUUUGGCUUUGCCAGGGACCCAGACCCGCUUCAGCCAGGAGCCAGCCGACCAGACUGUGGUGGCCGGCCAGCGGGCUGUGCUCCCCUGUGUGCUGCUCAACUACUCGGGGAUUGUGCAAUGGACCAAGGACGGGCUGGCACUGGGCAUGGGCCAGGGCCUCAAAGCCUGGCCACGCUACCGGGUCGUGGGCUCUGCAGACGCCGGGCAGUACAACCUGGAGAUCACAGAUGCCGAGCUGUCUGAUGACGCUUCUUACGAGUGCCAGGCCACGGAGGCCGCCCUGCGUUCCCGGCGGGCAAAACUCACCGUGCUCAUCCCCCCUGAGGACACCAGGAUCGAUGGAGGUCCUGUGAUUCUGCUGCAGGCAGGCACCCCCCACAACCUCACGUGCCGAGCCUUUAACGCCAAGCCCGCUGCCACCAUCAUCUGGUUCCGGGAUGGGACGCAGCAGGAGGGCGCCGUGGCCAGCACGGAACUGCUGAAGGAUGGGAAAAGGGAGACCACCACCAGCCAGCUGCUCAUUAACCCCACAGACCUGGACAUCGGGCGUGUGUUCACCUGUCGCAGCAUGAACGAGGCCGUCCCGAGCGGCAAGGAGACUUCCAUCGAGCUGGACGUGCACCACCCUCCUACAGUGACCCUGUCCAUCGAGCCACAGACGGUGCAGGAGGGCGAGCGAGUUGUUUUUACGUGCCAGGCCACGGCCAACCCCGAGAUCCUGGGCUACAGGUGGGCCAAGGGGGGCUUCUUGAUCGAGGAUGCCCACGAGAGUCGCUAUGAGACAAAUGUUGAUUAUUCCUUCUUCACGGAGCCUGUGUCCUGCGAGGUCCACAACAAAGUGGGGAGCACGAACGUGAGCACGCUGGUGAAUGUCCACUUUGCUCCCCGGAUUGUCAUUGACCCCAAGCCCACGACCACAGACAUCGGCUCUGAUGUGACCCUCACCUGUGUCUGGGUUGGGAAUCCCCCUCUCACCCUCACCUGGACCAAAAAGGAUUCAAACAUGGGGCCCAGGCCUCCUGGCUCCCCACCCGAGGCUGCUCUCUCUGCCCAGGUCCUGAGUAACAGCAACCAGCUGCUGUUGAAGUCGGUGACCCAGGCAGAUGCCGGCACCUACACGUGCCGGGCCAUUGUGCCUCGGAUAGGGGUGGCUGAGCGGGAGGUGCCACUGUACGUGAAUGGGCCCCCCAUCAUCUCGAGCGAGGCAGUGCAGUACGCUGUUAGGGGCGACGGCGGCAAGGUGGAGUGUUUCAUCGGGAGCACGCCGCCCCCAGACCGCAUUGCCUGGGCAUGGAAGGAGAACUUCCUGGAGGUGGGGACCCUGGAACGCUAUACAGUGGAGAGGACCAACUCAGGCAGCGGAGUGCUGUCCACACUCACCAUCCACAACGUCGUGGAGGCCGACUUUCAGACCCACUACAACUGCACUGCCUGGAACAGCUUCGGGCCAGGCACAGCCAUCAUCCAGCUGGAAGAGCGAGAGGUGCUGCCCGUGGGCGUCAUCGCCGGGGCCACCAUCGGGGCCGGCGUCCUGCUCGUCUUCUUCUUCAUCGCCUUGCUGUUCUUCCUCUACCGACGCCGCAAAGGCAGUCGUAAGGACGUUACCCUGAGGAAGCUGGACAUCAAGGUGGAGACGGUGAACCGCGAGCCACUCACCAUGCAUUCUGACCACGAGGAUGAUACCGCCAGCGUCUCCACAGCCACCCGCGUCAUGAAGGCCAUUUACUCGUCCCUUAAGGACGACGCGGACCUGAAGCAGGAUCUGCACUGUGACACCAUCGACACCCGGGAGGAGUAUGAGAUGAAGGACCCCACCAACGGCUACUACAAUGUGCGAGCCCACGAAGACCGCCCUUCCUCCCGGGCCGUGCUCUACGCCGACUACCGCGCCCCUGGCCCUGCCCGCUUCGACGGCCGCCCCUCCUCGCGUCUCUCCCACUCCAGCGGCUACGCCCAGCUCAACACGUACAGCCGGGCCCCCGCCGCCGACUACGGCCCCGAGCCCUCGGCCCCCGGCCCUGCCGCCCCUGCUGGCGCCGACACAGCCAGCCAGCUGUCCUACGACAACUACGAGAAGUUCAAUUCCCACCCCUUCCCCGCGGCGGCGGGGUACCCCACCUACCGGCUGGGCUACCCCCAGGCCCCGCCCUCUGGCCUGGAGCGGACCCCGUAUGAGGCGUACGACCCCAUUGGCAAGUACGCCACCGCCACCCGGUUCUCCUACACGUCGCAGCACUCGGACUACGGCCAGCGGUUCCAGCAGCGCAUGCAGACUCACGUGUAGGCGCCGGGCCGGCCGGGGCGUCUCUGCGGGGCAGAGGAGAAGGCUCCCACGGCUGUUCCCUGAUAUUCAGGGGCGUCGCUCGUUGCUCCCGCCCCGGACCCGCCUUCUCCUCCCGCCGUGGCAGGUGGGGAGCAGGUCUCCCGGAAACACCCCGUCCCGAGGAUGGUGCUCGGCGCAUGCCCCAGCCGCCAGGGCUGCCCUUCCCUCUUCUUCGGGAGGACGUGUCUCUCCUGACCUGUGCCCUUUCCUGGCCUCAGCGUGGGGACAGGCGCAGUGAAGGCUGUGGAGAGCAGAGGGGGCACUUUUUAGCAUUCCCUUUCUACCCGACCCCUCUGGUCUCCCGUUAGUAGAUAGGGGAUCACCUGCGGGUGAGUGGGUACGCUUUGGCCCAGGGGGCAUGAAGUGUGGGGGUCGGUGACUCCAGCGCGGCUCGGUGGAAACAGGACAGCCUGGCCAGUCCUCUGCAGUCUGCAUUCAUACCCUGGGUGCAUCUCUCCCUCCUCGGCACUGCAGAAGGGGCCCCUGAUUUUUCUUGGCUCUGUCUGCAGAAUAGCCCUGGCCCUGAGUUCAAAUCCAGCCCUCGUUCCACUGGGAUUAAAAUGCCAGUAUCCUGGCUGCCCACAGUGGACACUUGUCUGUCAGCCCGCAGAGGGACCCAGGCACCUCCAGGAACACUGCCCCCUUCCUUCCUCUCUGUGCUGGACCAGGCAGGUAAGGCUGGGGGUGGCGGUGAAGAAAGGAAGGUCGGGAACCAUGCCCCGAUUCACCAGCAAGACCUCUGUGUGCUACACAGCAGUGUCAGCGCCCACAGUGCAGGGAGACUGCCCGCGCCACCUUCUCUCCCCUGUCUGCCCCCUCCCUGGCUUUAAAUGUGGCCUGCCUGGGGAGUGAUGGGGUGAGGGUAGGGGUGCUAUAGGCUAUUUUUCAAAAAACAAUGAAAACCUCAUUUGGGAAAGAAAAAAAAAUGCUUUAGGGAUCCCCCCCACCCAAAUACAAGUCCCAGUGGAAAGGAAAGGAGGUGCCUCUUCUUUUCCUCCGGAUUCCUAACACCUUCCAUGACUCAUUCACUCUCCAAGCACUUUGAAUCCAUUUUUAAACAUUCAGGUAGUGAGACCUGUCACCCAAUGGACUGACGGGCUUAGGGAGGGGGCCUGGCGCUCAGAUUCUUGCUGUCGUACCCUAGCGCCCACGAGCUGGUUAGAGGCCACCUUCCAGGGUACAUGGGAGAUGUCCUCUUGAGACAGGUUUUGGUUUGUUAAGUGUCUUUUUUCUUUUCUUAGAUCAAUCAGAUUCCUUUUUCCACUUUCAGUGCCUUGAGUGUCCAGCUUUGGUUGACCAGUCCUGUGUGGGUGGCUGCAGGGAGCCGGUAUUGUGAGCCCCAGACGCCCUGUCCAGCGUUGCAGGGCUUAGGGGACAGAUGCAUGAGGGGGCCUGGUAAGGGCAAGGGCUGACGGGUAAGGUGGUGCAGAAGGACACUGCAGGCAGCCAUGGCCCAUGCUGUCCCCGCCACACACGUGCAUGCAUGCCCACACACAUUCCCCAUGGCCCUUCUCAGCCUGCCACCUUCUGACCAAAGAGAACCGGCACUCCAAAGAGAACUCGUUCCCCUUCCCGAAAUGUGGGGUCUGGAGUCCACUCGGCCUGACUGGGCUGGGCCUGUGGUGCAAUUCUCAAGAGAGCGCGUUGCCCUUUCUCGUGGUCAUCAUCCAUUAGUUGCAUUCACUUUAAUGAGUUACAUGCUCAUUAGCCAUGGGCCAUCGCCACCCUGGCACAUGGGGCUGUGGGCUGACUCCUCGCCAUCCUCUCCCUGCUAAUACCCUAGAAGAAAGUAGCUCCAGUUCCAACCUCCUCGUCCUCCUCCAUUUCAGCAGGGGCGCAUCCCAAGGACCCUCUUCCCAAGGCAAGACAGGCUCAUGCCAUGUUCAGCCCCUCGCCUGGAGGCUGACACCUUCCUUCCUGGUCCUUUGAUGUGUGCUCAGUGAGGGUCUGUUAAAGAUGCAGGUCUCUGUGCAAACAAAUUCAUGCAUAUGUGGAUUAUUUUCACAGAAACCAGAAGCCGUGCCUGAGCCAAACAGUUAAAGAUUGUCACUUUUUAAACAAGAAUUUCCAAAAAAACCCCGAAACAUUGAUUUGUGUUUGGGGUUUUGCCACAUUCUCUUCCCUCCUUUUUGGUUUCGGUGCUGGGCACACUCUGUUGCAGUGAUGGAGGAGGGGGUGCCCAGGGUCCGCAGGUCGGUCCGCUGCCGCUGCAGGGCCCACUCACUUUCUGAAGGCCUGAGGCAGAGUGCUGCACUGUCCUCUGUUGCUGAACACAUUGACAGGGGGCUCCUGAGUAUCAGACGUGCCUGGCACAAGGCACGGGAGACAGCAGCAGCCCUGGCAGUCUCCCUCUGCAGCUUGCCCUCUGGUCUGAUAAGCAUCCAAGCUGGGACCUGUCUUCUCAGCCAAUUGGAAUCCAGGGGGUAGAAGGUGCCCUUGAACCUGGAGUUUUUGUUCUCAAAGGCCGGAGUCCUCUAACAGGCUGCCUCAGUUCUUGAUGUGGUUGUCCUGGUGACCCUGAUUGCCUUGGACAUUCUUAUUUGAGUGGGAAGAGCAAGGGCUGGGGGUCCGGAGGCCUGGAACCCAGUUCCAAAGCUGCCAUUGACUGAGUGACCUUAGCCUAACCACUUUACAUUUAUCACCCCCAGUUGUCUGGUCCGUGAAGUGAGGGGGAAGGAUUGCACAAAUCUAGAACUAUUCUGCCUUUGUUGUAUGUGUUUGGUGAGAUGGAGGGUCUGGCGAUCCCUGGCAAGGAGUUGGGAACAGUAAGCAAGCCGGGCGAGGGGUGGGGAGUCGGAAGGGCCUCCUCUUGAAAAAAGCGUUCACCACGGGUUUCAUCAUCUUGGCAGAGGUGCUGUGAGUAAAUUUCCACUAAGAACCCAUGGAUUCCAAACAGCAACAAAAGGCACACCCUAUAAACUUCGGUGAAAUUGGGGUAGGGUUAUUCCUGGACCAUUGGGAAUGGUCCUUCAGAAUUGGAGACCCACCCUGAAUUCUGACAGCUUUGCAAAGGUGCCUGUGGCCGGGGUGGGCAUGGUGAGUCCUUCACUGCAUACCCAGGGUUCAGGCAGCUUCCUCUGCAGGGAGGAAGGGCCGCAGUGACUCUCCGGUGCUCAGGAAUGUUCCCCUGGCCCAGGGACAGCGCACCCACUUAAGAGCAGGCGAAGCCUGAAGGCCAAGGUCUCUUGAACCAGAGGGCCAGGCGUGAAUAGAGCUGCCCUUCCCAACGCAGCUGUUAGGGAGGACAGUUGGUAGAAGGAAGAUGGGUGCAGCUCUAUGACACAGAUUCUAGAUCUUACAGAGGUACUUGUGGUCCUAGGUAAGCCGUGCUGUCAGUGGAGGGUACAGGCUGCCUCCCGAAUCCCAGGUCCCUCUGUGCCCAGCCACAGAGUUUGCUUGAAGUGAAAACUGCAGGGAGUCAGAAAGGAGAGCAACCAGGGACAGGGGCUGUGCUGAGCUCUCAAAACGUCUUGCUUGGGAAGAAAAGUAUUAGUGGGACCGCCCUGCCUGCAGGCCCUGCGCCCUCUCCUCACCCAGCAGUUGCUGCGUUCCUCGUAAUUUUGAGGGUGGCCUUUCCCUUUGCAGGAUGGAACACACCGCCCGGAGUCCCUUUUGCCCUCGUGCCCCUUCAUGAGCCAGCAGGGCGCUGUCAGGGGCCACCAGUCCUGGGCUCCUUAGAACGGGAUCAGAUGGCCUCAUGGAGGGUGCUUGCUGCGUGCACUCAGCAGUGCCGGGCCAUUCGGGUUUAAAGAAAUCCAUGUUAAAGUCAAGUCCCCAGUUGGACCAAACUGGCUUAGUCGCCGCUUCACUCUGUGAUGUGGGCACUUGUGUCCCCACCACUAUAGUCCCAGGGCCACGCCAGCCUGGGAAACCUAGGCUUCUCUACCACUUCAGCGCUGUGUGUGCCGAGCCAGGUUGCCGUUCUGCACCCCUGCAGACUGAGGGGACCACCUGAAAGGCACUGGUGAGGCUCCAGACCCCGGUGGGACCGGCGAGGAGGGGACAGUGGGACACUGAGUGCCCAGACCAAGGGAUGAAAUUGCAAAGGCAUUUAUUUUUGUGAAGAGGCUAUGAAAUUAGUAUUUAACUCCCCCUCCCCCACCUCAUUCCCUUCUCCCUCUCCCCUUGCCCCCUCCACUGUGCGUGCUCUCCUCUCCCAGAGGCCAGCCUCUUCCUGAGGCUCACCUUUAUCAGCUGGGUCCUAACAUUCCAUCUCUGGGCUGGUCAGUAGGACAGGAAGGAUGUGUGGCUUGGGAGAUGGAUGAAUUGAGGAGUUGCAGGGGAGGGGGCAGAAUCCCAUUUUCUUGCAUCACUGUGAGGAGCUCCAGGCCCUGUCCCUGGAAAAAUAAUUGCUGCGCAGACAUCACAGGCCAUACUGGGUGGUUCUGGUACAAGCCUGCCCACAAAAAUAACUCCACUUUUCAUAGAACUGUCACUCAUUCCUGCCAGUCUGUCCCUGGCUCCUGGCUUUUUGCCAGCCCCAGCCACUACCUUUUCGGGUGUUGGCAGGCCAUGGGUGCCUCUGUCUGCUUCUGGAGAUCUUCAGACGCUGCCCCCUGGGCAUAUCCCUAACUCCGGGGAGGCUGCAGCCAAGUUGCCAUACAAUGGAAACUUUGGACACAAUCUGAUUAGCAAUGGUGACCACUUCGACCAGAAAGAAGCGCAGGGUUUCCUGUGGUCACAUUUUCCACCCUAACCAUUCUGGGGAUUCCGACCUCCAUUUCUGGCUCCAGUUUAAUUUUCUCCACCCAAACCCCCAUAAUAAAUGGAUCCAUGAUAAUAAUUAAAAGAAGAGGAAAAAAAAUAAUUAUUUUUAUUAGGACAGACCAUCGUAGAUUUUUAGCAGUGUGUAUCUGUGUGUUCCUCACACCUUUUCCUAUUCUGCCUUUUAUCAUUUUCCUUUUUUUUAAAUAUUAUGUACUAUAUUUUUAGUCUCAAACACACUAUAUAUUAUAUAUAUUUAAUUUUUUUAUAUAUAUAAAUACAAAUGUUUUAAAAAGUA